CUCCUCGAGGACUGUUCAGCCCUGCGCAGGGACUGGCUCUCCCGCAGCCAUUUUCUGUCCAACCAAACGGCCGAACUGAGACGCGAACCAACCAGGGCUUCAUCGCAGAUGGACGGAGACAGUUCAACCACAGAUGCCUCCCAGCUUGGCAUAACAGGAGAAUAUAUGGCUGGUAGUCACUUUGUUCUCCAAACUCAGGAUGAUGAAGGUGAUGAGGGACUCAACGACCAUGAGGAUGGGAAUGGAAGCAAAGAUAACCUACGGGAACAAGACAUCUAUCUCCCAAUCGCUAACGUUGCCCGAAUCAUGAAGAAUGGAAUACCGCAAACAGGAAAGAUUGCAAAAGACGCCAAGGAGUGUGUGCAGGAGUGUGUGAGCGAGUUCAUCAGUUUCAUCACUUCAGAAGCCAGCGAGAGGUGCCAUCAGGAGAAACGCAAGACGAUAAACGGGGAAGACAUCUUGUUCGCGAUGUCCACACUGGGUUUCGACAUGUAUGUGGAGCCUCUGAAGCUCUACCUGCAGAAGUUCAGAGAGGCUAUGAAGGGCGAGAAAGGCAUAAGCACUGUAACUGUAACCGAAGGCAUGGGAGAGGAGCUGACCGAUGAGUCUUUCACAAAUCCACUACCUGCAGGGAUCAUAACAGCUGAUGGACAGCAACAAAAUGUGAUGGUGUACACCACCUCCUAUCAGCAGAUCCCGGGUGUGCAACAGCUCCAGUUCUCCUGAAGAUGUGCUGCGCUGUCACAUGCAGAAAUCCACACCUAAUCUUCAUAAAUCAAGCCUCUACACUUCCACAUACAAGUGAAGGUCCUGAACGGUGGGCUCUGUGUGGUUGGUCUUCAGCGGACCCUCUUCUUCUGCUCUCACAGGUCACAGAGCUGGACUUCUUCGUUUAGCUUGUUUUCAGGUGUCCUCCGUGUGUUUCUGUGCACACCCGUUAUGAUUUUAAGUGACUAGUCUGUUUGUUGUUUCUUUUGUUUGUUUUUUGCAUCACACAUUGGGAGUUUUAAAGGGUUCCAAGGGGUUUCAAAAUAACUUGACCUUCAAUUAAAGCAAUAAAAUAAAACAAAUGUGAAUCUUUCUGCAAUUUACUGGAAUGAGUGCUUUGCUCCUUUAUAUAGAUAGAUGAAAAUCAUGUUGCAUGUAUAAUUUCAGUUUGAGAAGAUGUUAACUCAAGUCAAAAUGUUUUUUUUUUUUGUAAAUUAUUUUUUUGUUUUUCUCAAUGUUUUCAUGAAUUUGUAUUGAUGCAGUUCGCUUAACAUGAGGAACACAUUUUAAAGAAAUCUGGAUUUAUCAAUCAAAGUAAAAAACAACAACUACUAAAUUCUAGUCUAAGUUCUUCAAUGUGGCCCAUUUUAUAUCAGUGACUUUCUUUGAAUGAAUUUACAUUAAAUUCUUGCUGGCCACAAAUUAUUUUAUGUGUUUAUUAAAUUUUAUUUACACCUUAAAUAUUAAUUUUGAAACAGUUGUGUGCUUUAAAUACACAAACUGUGAGUCCAUAACAUGGACAACAACAAAUUUUUAACACAAAAUCAUUUUUAAAAACAUUUAAUUAAAAAAAAAAUGUUUCUUUGUCCCACAGUUGUGUCGUAAUUUCUCCAAUAUUCUGAUUUUUAUGUUUCUCACACAGCAUAAAUGCGUUUAUGGCCAGUGGGAUAAUGCAUAUCUAUUUGACUGUUGAUAUUUUGUCGAUAACACCUGGGAAUAUUAUCAAACUUAUGUUUUUGUUUUGGAUUUCUUGUGUAUUUGAAAUCUGUUUCAUGACAACACAAAAAUAAAGGACAAAUUUGUCACCCUG